AUGUCACGAGUGGCACUCAAUAUGGAUAGUUAUGAGGGGAAUGACACCCCAUCGGUUGAAAUCGCUCGUUUUGUGGUGUUAUAUGGAAAAGCGUCGACUAGGAAACACAAAAUUUGGGAGGGCGAUGGUUUGUUGGUGUGCUAUGGCGAUUCGUGUAUGCUGAAAUCGGAGGAUGAGCGGGAUGUGAUUUGCAGAUCAUCGGCUCUGAAAAAUUUGGAUCAGCUAGACGACGGUCGCGUUAUCAACAUCGGCUCGUGGAGCGUGCAAAUCCAAGAGCAAGUGGCCACCAGAGCACAGCCACGUCAUCCGCCGGCUCUUUCUGAACCCAUCGAAUCUCAACCAACGUCUUCUGGAAUACUUUCUGAGCGAAAUCCCGGGAAAUUCAAAGCACAACGACCACAGAUUCCUCCUACUGCAGAGAAUGGCGUGGCUCAGAUGGAAAUUGAGGAGAAGCCGGGGAAUUUGGGAAGGAAAAGAGCGUCGUUGUCGAAUCCAUUUUUGGGGAAAGAGACCCCAAUGUCUCUCCCAAAACGCUCCACGUUCGUCCCCCCACUCAUCGACGUCAACGCAACCUCGUCGGCUCCAGAUGGCUCUUCCAACGUCAUCCAACAAAAGAUACCUCCAUUUAUUCUCAACGAACAGGAUAUUCUGGAUAGAAAGACGUCUUCUGCCAUCAUCGUCGAUCCCAGAUUCGCACGUCAUCUGAGAGAUCAUCAGAAGGAGGGAAUCAAGUUUAUAUUCGAUAGAUUGAAGGUGGGAGAGGGAAAGUGCGCUCCAUUGAUAAAAUUGAAAUUUCAGGAAGAAAUGGGCGGAGCGAUUCUGGCAGACGAUAUGGGACUGGGAAAAAGUAUACAAACGAUGGCAGCCACGUGGAAAAAGCAAAACGGGUUGGAGGGGGUGAUUCGAUUAUCGUUCGAUCUUCCUAUUUGCAUUGAUGGGCCAAUCCACUUAUGGAUUGUACUCGAUGGGAAGGUUCUUGCGACGAACCAUACCGUCUCCCUGGAACCACUCGCGGCGGAACUGCUUGGCGGCACCGACAAAACUUGUGCAAGCUUGGGACUGAUUUGGCAAGAAUUGGGAAAGUCUGGGCAAAGCUUGGGUAAACUAAGGCAAAGGUUGGGCGAAAGUAGGACAAAGCUUAAGCAUGCUUUGACGGGCUCCAAGACCGUAUCCCAAAUUGCUCAAUCUUGCCUUAUCAUCGUCCCAUCCUCCCUCGUGAACAACUGGAAAUCGGAAUUCGAAAAAUGGUGGAGACUGAUGAGAUUCCCAGCUGUCAUCGCCCUCACAGCCAUGGAUAUCAAAUCGUAUCAGACGACGAUCAAAACGAUGCCCUAUCUAGUUAUCAGUUAUGAUUUGGCUCAACGCCACGUGGAAAAGUUGAGAGCUUGCCGGUUCGAUGUGAUGGUGUGUGAUGAGGGGCAUAAGCUGAAGAAUUUGGAUGGACGGUUGAGGAAAACGCUCCUCUCCCUGGAAAUUCCACGUCGUUUGAUCCUCACCGGCACGCCGAUGCAAAACGAUUUCGACGAAUUCUACUCGAUUCUGAAUUUUGUGUGCCCCGCGAAAUUCGAUUCCCUCCCCAGAUUCCGUCUGAUGUGCAAUGACGAUGUGGAGCAACUCAAUGAGAUUAUCGAUGAGUGUAUGCUGAGAAGAACUGCGGCGGAUGUAAAUUUGACGCAUUUACCAGAGAAGCAUGAGUACAUCCUAUUCUGUGCGGCGUCUCGAAUCCAAAAAGCGAUUCACUCGGAAAUCUGUGACUACAUGACUGGUGAUCCCCUAUCAUUGAUCUUCUUCGCUCGUCAGCUGGCCAAUCAUCCCAAACUUUUGCUGGAUAAUUUGAGAGAGAAAAAUUCAAAAACCGGAGAAAAAUCUCUGAAACAAGCCCAGAAACAUACCGCCUUACUAUUGGCCUUCGAUGGACCGAAUAUGCCACGUGGCGCCGCGAAGGAAUCCGGAAAACUUUACGCUCUGGCAGACAUGCUAAAAUGCUUCCGAAUGCUUCAAGAGUGUACUGUAGUCGUUUCGAACUACAUCGAAACAUUGGACAUGAUCGAACAGUUGUGUGCGUAUUUGGAGUUUCGUGUCUUUCGAUUGGAUGGAAAGACUCAGGUCCAAGAUCGUCAGAAACUGGUCCGAAACUUCAAUGAUCAACGGGACCCAUCCAACAUCUUCCUGUUGAGCACAAAAGCCGGUGGAGUUGGACUCAAUCUCAUCGGAGCAUCUCGUUUGGUUCUGUUUGAUUCCGAUUGGAAUCCGGCGAAUGAUCAACAGGCGAUGGCGAGAAUUUGGAGAGACGGACAAGUCAGGCCAUGUCAUAUUUAUCGAUUGAUUACUACGGGAACAAUCGAAGAGAAAAUGCUGCAAAGACAAAUUAAGAAAACCGGAUUGGGAUGUGUGAUUGACGCCAUUGAAGUAGGAGACACCGUCUCCACAUUCACCGACGAAGAUCUCAAGGACAUUUUCACAUUCACCGGCGACGACACCGAAUGUAACACGCACGAUCUCUGUGAUUGCUCAUGCGACGGCACCGGAAUGUUGGAAUCUGAAAUGGACGAAGAAACAGAAGAAGAAAACAAUACUGUAGAGAACAUGGACCCAUCGUUUGGGCUUCCAAAACGAGAAGACGUCGCUGGAAUCAUGCCAGAAGAUGAUGAUGUGGAUGAUGGAGAUAUCGCGAAUAUGGAAGAUUUCGAUGAAAAGGUUUUGAAGACUGAUGACGUGGCAAAAGCUCCGAAGAAGAGAAAUUGGGAUAGUGACGAUGAGGAUGACGACGAGGAGGUGGAUGAUGAGGAAUUGGAAGAAGAGACAGACUCAGAAACUAUUGGCUUCAAAUGCAACUAUAUCUCGAACGCCGACAAACUGAAGGCCAAACAACCGAAAUCAAUCGGCUACAACAACGAAGAAGACGACGAUGAAGUCGUUCAGGAUAGUCCGGAUGUUUUUGCGAAUUUAGUGAAGGAAGAAGGCGAAAAUUCAGGGAAAAAAUCCAGAAAUCCCAAGAAAUCUGCUGAAAAGGGAAAGAAAAAGGAGCCAUCUCGUACCAUCGCCUCACUCGCCGAGCUAUCCCGCUGGCGCCAUUUCUCCCCACGUCAUCCGGACACGUGGCAUCACUUCAUGGUCAACGCUGGACUCUCCCAGGUGGACACUGAUGUUGACCUCACUUUCGCCUUCUACCAGGAAUCGAAGUUUUGA